GGGUCAGGAGGCCUCGUAUGUGUGUCGUGUCCUCCGUACCCAGUCGCGAGCGCGAGCCAUGGAGCUUCCUUCUCGGGCGUCGUCGUCCUGCGCGGAUCCUGUGCCCCGUGUUUGAACCUUGAAUUUGAUUCCGACCUUUUCCCGGACUCAUUCUAUUCGGCCCCCGCGCCUCGUCGUCCUCUCUGAGCGCGCGCGCCUUCCUCCCUCCUCUCGUCCGUCUCUCGCUUCGCUUUCUUCUUCUUCGUGACCUCGUCAAUUGUUCUCCUUCUCGACCUGUCUGCGAGAGAGAGAGAGAGAGAGAGAGAGAGAGUUGGCGUUCGUUAGUCCUGUGACCUGCGGCGGAAGUGAGCCUUAUGAUGAUGGUGAUCGUCAAGCGCGGUGCACGGAGAUGGGAAGGAGGAGCUGAGAUUCGUGGGUCGUGGAGGAGGAUCGUGCACUCGGCCGUCGGGUCGACGUCUGCUCGGUGGUGCGAUGCGUACGAUGUUAUGAUUGUGGGCUCAAUCGGAGUGGCAAGCGCACCUUUCAGCUGUAGUAUAGACUGACGAGGGAGGGUGCGAGGAGUUGGACGGAGAGAGAGCCGAGAUGAGGCGGAUCACGGCUUCGGAGUGGGGGAGUUGGAGUGGACACGAGAAUUUAGGACUGAUGCGCGCACACUUGGCCGGCUCGCUCUAGGAAGACGGCCCGCUGGAGAUAGUCAAUAGUUUCAGGUGUUGCCGCUGCCGAGGCCCCAAGAGGCGGAAGAAAAUGCCAACGCUGUUCAAGCAGCUGCAGACUGCUCGGGAUCACGAGCCCCCGGCGCCUGUGAGCCCUGUGCCGGACAAGGGCAGCUCGAAAUCCUCGAGCAGUGGUCGCAAGGUCAGCCGGGCGUCGCAGGCGCGCGUGGAAGCGCGCAAGGAGUUCCUCAAGGUGACCACCAAAGGCACUCGCGAUGAGGCUUACACGAACCCCGAGAGCUUGCCCCCUCUGGACGAUGCGUACAACAACUUCCAGCACAUUUAUCCCAAAUUCGCUGAGACCUGGGCCGUGGACGAUCUCCGCGAACGCGAGUACUUCCAUCUCGAAGAGGGUGAGCAUGUGUGCAUGGACUACUGUGGGUUCGGCCUCUUCUCCUACUACCAGCAGGUCCUCAACAAAGCCUCGUCGUCCUUCGGCCUGGCUUACAUCUCUGCCAAUCUUCCGACCCAUGCUCUCUAUGGAGCUGCCGAGGAGGGCACGGCCGAAGCGUACAUCCGGAAACGGGUGAUGGAUUAUUUGAAUGUCAGUGAUCGAGAGUAUAGCAUGGUGUUUACGGCCAGCAGGGGCUCUGCGUUCAAGCUCCUGGCAGAAUCCUAUCCUUUCCAUCUCAAUCAGAGGCUGCUCACCGUGUACGACUUUGAGAGUGAGGCCGUGAACUGGAUGGGGGACUGCGCGAAGCAGAAGGGCGCAAAAAUAAUGAGUGCCUGCUUUAAGUGGCCGUCUCUCAGAGUGGGCACGAGUGAUCUGAAGAAGCAGUUGCAGGAGAAGAAGAAAAAGGGCGAGUCUGCCAAGGGUCUCUUUGUGUUCCCCGUGCAAUCGCGCAUGACCGGGGCCAAGUAUUCGUAUCAGUGGAUGUCUCAAGCUCAGCAAAACAAGUGGCACGUGCUUCUGGAUGCCUCAGCUCUAGGUCCGAAAGACAUGGAUUCCUUGGGCCUGUCACUCUUCAGGCCGGAUUUUAUCGUCAGCUCCUUCUACAAAGUGUUCGGCACAGAUCCCACGGGUUUUGGGUGCCUGUUCAUAAAGAAAUCUGCCCUUCACAGUCUGCACAAUUCGUCUCGGGCACGAGCUGUGGGCAUGGUGAGAAUCGUCUCUAUCAGUAAAAACCCAACCGACGGGCCGGAAGAGAGGGAAGCCGAGGACGAAGACUUCCAGCAAAGUGCCUGGCAAUUGGAUCAGCAAGCCAGGAUGAGCUCGUUUUCCGGCCCAGUUUCCUCGUUCUACGCAGAAGCUGAUGCGAAGAAAUUGAAAUCUUUCGUCAAUCAGGAUAACAAUUAUCACGCUGCGUCGAAAUUGCCCAAGAGCAAUGGGAGACGGGUCGGUGAGAUUGAGAACUCCGGGCAGUUGAGAAGGGUGAUCGAAAUCGAAGAGGAAGCUUAUGCCGAUGAAAUACACAGCGGGCGGUUCAGCGGGCGGCUCAGCAGUGGGUAUCACAACCGCCAGAUGGGAGGAAUUGAACAAAUGAAUGAAGUCGAGUACAGCGGAGAGUUCAACAAAUCGCGAUACGACCUGGACUCGGAGCGGAGGGGUCGGAGGUCCAGCGAAAUCGAAGAGGUUGUGCCGAAAAGUGGACUGAUCACGAGACCUCGCUCAUCUUUCGGAAGUAGCUCUGGCGAGAUCGAAGAGGUCAUGGAGCAAAAACCUCGCAGAAUAAGCCUUCGUGAACAGCUCCAUGAGCCUCAGACGAGUCCUCUGAAAACUGUGAGUCAGAUUCUGCACGAGGAUGACGAUCCACUGACAGCGUCUUCUUCCGCCAGAUUUUACAGCGCCCCUCCCAGACGGUCUUACAGGAUGGACGACCACGACGAUGACGACGAGCUCUCGCAAACUCCGGUUAUCAAUGAUAGAAGAGCAGGCGAUAGUGAUGACAGCGGGGGCGAGGAUUAUGAAGACUGUAGAGAUUCUAGCUUUAGAAAUGGCAGAAUGGGCGGGGCCAGAGGCCAGUACGACUUAAGCCCUGACGUAGGGGUGUACAGCGGGUCCACCUCGGACGAUAGAUUUGACUCGAAUUUAGAUACGAGUCUCAUCGAGGAGGAGAUCGAGGAGAGGGAGUUUUCUAGAACAGCUCUCAGUGACAUAGAGGAGGAAAAGGGUGAGGGUGAAGGUGAGGGUGAAGACACGGUUUGGGACCAGAGCGAUUAUGAUGAUAGAGGGGCUGAACAGAGAUCCGGUCUUGAAGCAACGGAGAGAGGGAUUGCAUAUUCUGGGGAAUUUCGGACUGGGAUGGGCCAUGCUCCAGCUGCAGCACACGAAAUUGAAGACGUGAGGAAGAUAGAGGACGCCGAGGAGAAAGCGGAGCGAGUAAAGAAUGUACAGCCGCAACCCGUAAUGGCGGAGAAGAGAAAUGUGGAGCCGCCAGCUGUAGCUCAAAAGGAGACGAGAACUGUGGAGGGUAUCAAGGCAAGACUUGCGAGGUUUGUCGGAAGGGCCAGCUUUCGCAGGCAUUCUGGGAAGGAAACAAGCGAUUCCAAAGAGUUUGGAGUAAAAAGACCUGUUAAUAAGAUUCAGAGUUUGGACAGUGGAAAGGGCCAGCGUGAAGAAGCUGAGGGUAAUCUGCAACCGAAAUCAGAUGCUCCUUUGAACAAGCACCAAGCCCCCUUAGCACAACCGGAAUUUCUAGCACAGGAAGCCUCAGAUGUUUCGGAAGGUACAUCUUCUGAAGCGCGAAAAAACGCCAAUGGUGACGUCAAAAGUGGAGGUUUGAGUCCUGCUCUUCCUACUCCUGAAAAAAUUCAUGAAAGCGUUGGCCAAGCUAGUGGCAGUGACAGCGAGGCUGAACCUGCUGCCUCCAAAGAGAUUGUCCGUCCGAGCGUUCAGGAUGGAGCAAGUUCGAAAGCUUCGAAAGUUGUUCCAGCUUCAUUUGAUGCAGGAGAGGAAGUACAUAGUGAGUUCUCAGAGCAAUGUUCUCCGAGGGACUUGCCUGCGCAUCCUCUAGACAAUGCUGCCUCUCCUGACACGAGUGAGGAUGGUGCGACUUCAGAAAGUAAGGCAGCCAUCAUUGAUUCGGGGAAUAGAAGAACGCCUGCCACCGGACCAAGCUCCAACUUCUCACAUGUGGAUGGCAGGUCAAACCAGACAGAGGACGACGAGGGCUUGUGGAAUGGACCAGAAGAAUUGAGAAGAUCUGGCAGGUGGAGUCCUGAUCAAGCUGCACCUGCAGGCUCUCCCCGGGACGGUAGCAUGGAUGAUGAACUUGAUUCUAGACCCGCAGAUUCGAGUCUCUGUGCCCCUCAAUCUACCAAUGUCGCUGCGCAGGCUCUACAACAUGCUCUCUUGUUUCGUGCGGAUGGAGGAGGAACACCUUAUGAGUCCGGUGAGGAGAAUUAUAUUACAAUACUACCUGGCAGCAGAAGUGGAAAAAAUUGGGAUCGAAUUCCUGAACCUGUAAAUGAGUCUCCAGAUUCUGCCAGACAAAGGGAUAGCAAAUCUUCUCUUGAAGAAUUACCGGACACGCCAAGUCCAAGUCCAGCUGUUGGGAAAGGGAUGGAUAAGCAAGUCAGUACAGACGCUUCACCGGUCGAGGUCGCUGAAUCGUCGGAGGUUUGGGAAAGACCGAGAUCCUCUGGACAGGAUGAUACGGAGAAAGCAUUUGAUACUUCACCUCAGUCACCAAGGAGUGAGUAUUCUGAAAGCAGAAGGGGAGCUAAUUCUACAGCACUCUAUCUCAGGGCUACUCCUCGGUCUAGUGCCAGCACACCCAACAACGCUACCAGCAGUUAUCAGACGGAAAGAAGCAUCACGGAGGAUUUGAGUUUUGACGAAGCAGAUUUUCACGAUUCCAAGGACCAACGUGGGAUGAAUGGGUCUUCGGAUGACUUGCGUAGUGGCAGAACCCUGUCAAGAGACGUGGACCUUGAUGAGAAUAUGUUCACCUCAUCAACAAGAAGGAAUACACUAGCAGAGGAUCUUGCUAGAGUUGAUCUGCAAGAUAGUGAUGAUGAGUCAUUUUAUCAAGCCCAGUAUGACCGUGAUUCCUAUCAUGGAUCAAGCACUUCCCGGUACUUUGGAGAAGAUGCUGCCCCGUCUGCGUGUUAUCAAGAGGAGGAGUCAGAUGACGAUUUUGAGGAGGGGGAGGAGGUGGGAAACGGCGACCUAAGGCAACCCAAAAUAGUGUGCAAGGGCCUUGAUCUGGCUGAUUCAUUAGGGCUUACCAAGACAAACUACCGAUUACGGUACCUGAUUAAUUGGCUGGUCAACUCUCUCCUCACGCUGCGACAUCCUAGUCCAAAUGAUAGAGGAACUGCCUUGGUCCGCAUCUAUGGCCCCAAAGUGAAAUAUGAUAGAGGGGCAGCGGUGUCCUUCAACUUGUUUGAUUGGAAGGGAGUGUUUAUUCAGCCGGGUUUGGUACAAAGACUUGCUGACAGAAGUAAUAUCUCGUUGGGAGUAGGCCGACUUUGCAACAUCGUGGAUCCAGAUCUGUCUCCAGAUUUUUUGGCAGAGAAGGAGCGGUGGGGUGGAACCGAAAGAAGUGACCAUGGUAAAGAAGGCACUCCUUAUUGUGCCGGAAGGUCAGAUGGUGGAAAGUCGUCAUCUGCCGGGAAGUGGGACUCUCUUACCAUCCCUGUAGUAACAGCUGCCAUGGGUUUUGUGACUAACUUUGAAGACGUAUACAGGCUGUGGGCUUUCUUGGCAAAAUUUUUGGAUGCAGAUUUUGUAUCUAAAGAGGUGUGGAGAUACCAUUCUUUAAAUCAGCAAACAGUAGUUGUGUAAUGUUUAGCCUAAAUUUAUUCUUUAUACCAAUUUCAUGAGAGGUGGAAAUGUAGAAACAUCCCACAUGAGCAGAACUCAAAAGUUCUGGUGAGCUCCAGUUUGUCCUAUCAAUGGAGAGGUGGUGCAUGCAAUUACUUGCCGAUGCUUUGUACAGAGAUGGAAUACUCAUUUUGAGGCUGCUGUGGCAACUGCAUCAUGAAUGCGGCUUGCUCCAACCUUUCUCAAGACAUAGAAACUAUUAUUUAGCAGUGUGCCUAUGAGCCUUGUCCCAGAUUCAAAGGAACUGGCAAGAAAUUUAUGGACAGAUGCUUGAGGAAUACACACACAUCACAUUGAAUGAGAAUCUUUUGAGAGGCAGAAUCGUUGUACUUUGUCCACCU